AUGGAAGAUCACAAUCAAAGUCCCGUUUGUGUUCUUGAUGCCUCCAACUACAUCGGUUUUUGGAUUCUUAAAGGUCUUCUCAAUAAAGAAAAUUAUUUUGGUUUGGACGUUGAUGUUUUGGAUUACCACAGCAUUCUUGUUGCUUUGAAGGAUUGUUGUGCUUUAUUCUGCAGUUUGGAUGGCCCAGAUGAAUAUGAUGAUUCACUGGUGGAUUUGGAAGUGAGAGGGGUGAUAAAUGUGGUUGAAGCUUGUGCCCAAAGUGAGAGUAUAGAGAAGGUUGUGUUCACUUCUUCUUUAACUGCUGCUAUUUGGAGAGAAGAUAUUGGUUCAGAGAUUGUUGUGGAUGAAAGGUCUUGGAGUGAUCCAGAAUUCUGCAGAAAAAUGAAGUUAUGGUAUGCUCUAGCAAAGACACUCUCUGAACAGGCUGCCUGGGCUUUAGCCAUGGACAGGAUGCUAUGCAUGGUUUCCAUAAAUGCAGGAUUAGUUUUGGGGCCAAGUGUCACUAAACAAAACCCCGGCUCAACCAUGUUCUACCUCAAAGGUGCUGCUGAAAUGUACGAGAAUGGAGUCCUAGCUUUUGUCGAUGUAAACUUCUUAGCGGAUGUACAUAUUCGCGCCUUCGAGGAUCGAUCAACAUGCGGGAGAUAUUUCUGCUUCAAUCAGAUUGUGAACACUUCGGAACAAGCUUUUAAACUUGCACAAAGCUUGAGCCCUUUGAUUCCUUUACCCCCAAGGUAUGAAUGUAAAGGAAGUGAAGUGUAUGCAGAGAGAUUGAAAACCAAGAAACUGGACAAACUGGUUGAGGAUGCUGCUUGCUUUUAAAAGAUUUUAUUAAUUUAUGUUUUAAUAAAUACUAAUUAGUGUAUAUUUUGUUGUUUAAUUUGAGAAGUAAUUCCAAUAAAUUUCCUCAUAUUUCUUUGUUGACAA